CAAGCCCAAACUCCAAACUCCAAACUCCAACUUUAGCCUACUGACAGUCGUUUCCAACUUUUCUCGUUCGAUAUUUCUCCUUCUCUCAGCCUCACGCCACCACUAGCAGGUAGAAAUAAAUCAUAUCUGGAGAACUGAAGGAAGACAACUAUGUCGUUUAUGAAAGGAGAUUUACUUACAAGAACCAGAAAGCUGGUGAAGGGCCUGGCCAAGGCUGAGCCUGUUUGGCUCAAAGCCAUGGAACGGGUACCGCCUGUAACAUUUCCUCGUGCAGAUGCAAUUCAGAAAAUCACUCUCCCAGAGGAUGUCUACAUAAAGAAGUUUUUCCAAAAGCAUCCAGAUUCCAAACAUGAGGAUGCCAUCAAGUUUUCUGCUUUUGAUCCUCCUCCAGCCCGUAUAUUUGGUUUGAGGGUGCUUGAGUUGAAAGAGCAAGGGGUUUCUGAGCAGGAGGCAAUGGCAGUAGCUGAUAUGGAGUACCGUAUGGAGAGAAAAGGAAAGAAAAUGGCAUAUUCUCGCUUGAAGAAAAUUGCACGCCUUCAAGGGAAAAAGCCUCCUCCCAACCCAUAUCCCAGCGCCAUCAAGGAGAUACAAGCUGAGGAAAAGAAGUAUGUUCGCGACCGUUUUUUCAAUCCCAGGAUUAGGCAAAUUUUGAGGAAAUUGCAAGAGGAGCAUGCAGCUGAGAGGCAGGACAGACUCCGAGGGGAAGGAGGUUCCUUGUAACUUUAUGCCAUCUUUUGAUAAUAAUUUUGGUUAGCUAGCCUCCUGAGAUUUGUUAUAUUGACUUUAGCUUUUGAUCAAGUAUUAGACAAGUGUGUUGAAAAGUAUUCUUUUCAAAUAUUUUUCUUUCGCACCCUUUUCUCGAAGGUUAGAGAAAUGCUAUACAUUUGUGAAAUUUGCAUUAUAUGGAGGUUACACUAUG